UACGGGUAACACGGCUCGGCUUGACAGUUGUGUCGCCUCUGGACCAUAGGUAGCGGUAGUGGCAGCACUUCUCUCAAAACCUGCACAGUCACAACAGAUCCUGAACCAGUGUGAAAAAUGUCCGAUAUCAAAAAGAAUCCACCUCCUUACACCAUUCCAGUCGAACCGUCCGGUGACAAGGUCAAGGUGUACCAUGUGCACACCCCAUUCAACCCUGUCUCGCCAGAGGCCACACCAGCUGUACCAGUGUACACCGGUGGAGGCGGUGGCUUAGGAUCAGGCUUCGACUCUGGCAAAAAGAACGUCACGAGCUAUGAUACGGCGCUGGGUUUUAAUUCCGGCAUGACCACGUGCCCCUCAUGCCAGCAGCAGGUCAUGACCAACGUCGCCUACAAACCAGGGAUGUACGCCUGGCUCAUGGUUCUACUCUUCAUCUGCCUCGGGUUGGUGGCGUGCUGCUGCCUGAUCCCCCUGUUUAUUAAGCAGUUUAAGGAUGCGCACCACACAUGCCCUCGCUGCAACAGAUUGUUGCAUGUGGAGAAGAGGAAAUGCUGUAAAUGAGACCUCCCUUCAUCCCCCACCUCAUGUCAAAAUGAGACCAACCUAAUUGAAAAGAACGACAGUCACUUAUUUUUAUGGUGGAGCCUGCUUGAGCUGGCAAGGCUCCCAUGCACUUCUUUCUCCUGUUACAGUUAGACCGUUGAUUAUUAUAUAUAGUUCGAAUGAAGGCUUGUACAUACAUUCAAACCUCUUUUUUGUUUCAAGGGAUGGAUCACGUGAAAUUAAAAAAUGGAAAGUGUCAUAGUUGCAUAUGCAAGAGAGUAAGCUAUUCAGUGUGUAUGUCUGUUUAUGAAGGAAUUAAAGAUGAUAUAGAUGGCUAGUAAAGCAUCCAGUUUGAACCCACCAGCUAUAUGUUAACUGAAAAAUAUAAAACGAAACCAUCUGGAAUGUUUUGGUACCAAUCUUGCAAUA